GGACCAUACAACAUACAAUUCUUACAUAAAAGUAUGUAUGAGCUAUAGCUGACAUCGUUGAUAUUAUUUUAUUCGAUAAAAUAUAAAACUUUUGCAUGCAGAGAGUUAAGCACAAAUUUUUCCGCGAUCUGUUGUACUUGAAUUGAAAAGAUAUCCAAAAUGUUUGUAGACAUUUUUUUUUUGUUAUUGCUUAUUGCUAUAAAAAUACUUUGUAAAAUUUCAUAGCCGCUUGCGUAACGCUUAAAAGUAUAUGUAUGUACAUACAUAAAUAUACGUUAUACUACAUACUACAUACAUCGUUGAACAACUGUGAACUGUGAACAACAAAAAUGGCGUAUCGCGGUGUAAAGGGAUCCGAUCCAUUUGUGUCAAAAACUUCGCGAAAUGAACGUUUUGCGCAAAUGUCAAAGCAAGAACAAAUUAUCCAACAAAAGAAAUUGGAAAUUCAAGCGAAAAUGCAAGAACAGAAAGCAAAAGAAGCCGUAGAAUGCAUGAAAAAGUCAAAUUCGUCAGCUUCGACCACAACAGUUAGUAAAGGCAAUUGUCUAAAGGAGGAAGAUGAAAAGUCUAUCGCAUCCCUUUCUAUGAAUGUAUUUGCCAAUGAUGGUAGUUUUCUCGAUCAAUUUAAGAAAAUAGCAAAUAAAACAACUGGCAGACAAGAAACUCAGCAGGAUAAACCUGAAGAUAAAAAGAAAGAUGAGAAAAACUUUGAAGCUAGAGAAAAAGACAAAGAAAGAAAGCGGGAUGAAGAAAAAAAUAGAGAUUGGGACAGUAGAAGAGAUCGUAGGAGAAAUGAUUCACGUUGGGGAAGAAAUUUGGAUAGAAAACAUAGUUCCUCCUCAAGUCCAUCACCUACAAGGCGGAGAUCGUCGCCUAGUCCUGAGACACGGCGUAGUUAUAAUCAAUCGCAGAAUGGACAACAUGCACAAUUUAAUCAAUUUCCAAUUCAAAGUAAUAAUCAUGCUUCUUCCAUCCCAUCUCUUAUGUCUCAAUCGGUGCAAAUGCAAAUGACAAAUAUUCCGCCCCCGAAUAUAAGAAAUUUGACACCAAGCGUUUCAUCCGCGCAUUUGCAGAGGAUACCAGUGUCAAAGAAUUUUAACAAUUACACAAAUAUAAGUGAUCAUUCUAACAACGUUAGAAUGCAAAUUGCACCACCCCAUAUUAUACGUCCUGCUCUCCCUAUCCAAACCAUUCCGCCUAAUACAAAUAUUCCACCACCAAACAUGCAAUUAUCUCAAUCUAUGCCAAUGUCUAACUUAUCUUCAUCAUCGAACGGACAACAGCACAUUAUACAAAAUUCACAACAAUGCAACAUACCACCUCCAUCAUGUAGCACUAACUUACAGCAUCCAAAUAUUCCACCACCUAACAUACCACCGCCGAAUAUUUUACCAUCGAUGUCGCAAAUGCCACCGACCAUGAUACCUAUUACGGGCUCACAAGCCAUCGUGGUGACAGUACCAAGCGUAGCCAAUGUUCCUCCUCCAAAUGUGAUAACAUCCAUGAUAAUGUCGGCGCCUCCACCAGUGCAUACCGUUCCAUCAACGAUUAAUUCGGUUCCACCACCAAACUUGAAUAUUCCUCCGCCGAAUGUUCCACCUCCCACUGUUAUUCCGAAUACAGCAUCAUCGCGCGGUCUUGUGCCCACUGGCUAUGUUCUUUCUAAUCAGGUAUCUAUCUCGGUGGGCCCCCCUAAUAUUCAAAUACCACCGCCUGUGAGACCACCGACUAAUCUACAGAGUCCUGAACAACAAGUGUGUCUAGUAGAGGCUGAGCAACUGGCACGUAUCGUGGCUGACUGCGGAGAUGAAAUUGAACAAGAAGUGCGAGAGAAGAAUGCUCAAGAUCCUAAAUUAUGGUUUCUGCAUCAAAAGCAAAGUGCAGCGUAUCUGCAGUACAGGGGAUUGGUUUCAAAAUUUCGUGCGGAGAAGCCAAAAGAUAAGGAUAAGAAGGACACUGGCGCAGAACUUUAUUGUCCCGAAGAAGCUCUUAGUGACAAUGACGAGGCGGAUAAAUUACAGAAAUCUCAUACGAUUCCACAUGUAGAUCAGCCAAAGGACGAUAAUAGGGAAGAACGGAAAAGAAAAAGACGUAGUCGUUGGGGCGAUCCGGAUGCCAAAGUUCUCGUUACAGAAACAAGUAUGUCUUCUGGUAAUAGGCCAAGUGCUGUACUAUCUCAACCUGGUAUAGCUAUACCGGGACAAAUUGGGCAACCCGCUGUCAUACUACCCUCCCCAUCAAAGGGACAAGAUAUUAAAUCAAAAAAUCCAAUGCUUACUAAGAUUUCACGAAACGAUCCUGCGCUUAUCCAUUAUGCGAGACAGACAUUUGGUACGCUCGAUCUAAAUGAAGAACAAUGGAAAAAAGCAGAGGAUCAUUAUAAGAUAAAUCUCUUGUAUCAAAACCUCUUGAGAAAAAGGGAAGAAGUGAAACGUUUGGAAGCACAAGGGAAACAUAAAUACGAAUACGAUAGCGAUGAAGAGACAGAAGGUGGAACUUGGGAACACAAACUGAGGUCUGCUGAAAUGGAGGCGACGCAAAUGUGGGCCGAGGAAUUAACUGCACAAGCAGAAGGCAAACAUCACAUUGGCGAUUUUCUACCUCCAGACGAGCUGAAAAAAUUUAUGGAACAAUAUAAUGCCGUAAAGCAAGGAAAAGAACCUGAUUUGAGCGACUAUAAGGAAUACAAGUUAAAAGAAGAUAAUAUAGGAUUUCAAAUGUUACAAAAGCUUGGGUGGAGCGAAGGACAAGGCUUGGGUAGUGAGGGUAGCGGUCGUAUUGAACCAGUUAAUAAAGCGACGAAUAGACUCGAUAGUGCAGGUUUAGGUUCCGAAAGACCAGAUGGAGUAUCUAGGGACGAUGAUGAAUUUGAUGCAUAUAGGAAACGGAUGAUGCUUGCCUACAGAUUUAGGCCUAAUCCACUAAAUAAUCCGAGAAGACCUUAUUAUUAAGAGAACUAAGAAAUAUAAUUCUAAACACACAUAUUCUCUUUAUUACAGAACAGUGUAGAGUGUAGAUUGCCUUUAUUUUGUAUAUAUUUGAGAUUGCAUAUUCCAUUUUAAAAUACAUCUAUAAAAUUUUUGUUUUUCUUCGAAUAAGACCGUUUCAGAGAAAAUUGCUUUGAUGUAUGCAAAUGAGAGAUAUAUUAAUCUAGAGAAAUUUAUGAACAAAAGUUUUAUUCCAAAUACAUGCUCUUUUUUUCUUAUAUAAGAAAGCUUUUAUAUUCUCUCGUUAUUUCUCCCGUUAUUCGGUUUCUCAGUGGAUAUGUCAUUGAUUUGUUCUUUGCGAAAACUUCACCAUUAUUUAUAUAUAAGCGUAAUUUUUCACCUGUUUACACAUACAUUAAAAGUGAUGGCAAUACU